UCCAGACAUGUUUUAUUUAUGUAUCCCAACUUGAAUACGAUUUCCAGGAAAUAUCGAUAUUGAUCUAUACAAAUACUGUUACGCGUACUGUCGACAGCUAAUAUUAAAAUGUCGGUCGCAAUAGCAAACGCAAAACCAAGGGGAUCUUUGAUCGUUUUUGAGGGAUGUGACAGAACCGGUAAAACCACACAGUCUGAGAAACUUGUGGAUAGACUAAAACAAGAUGGGAUAGAAACGCAACUGAUGAAGACACCAGACAGAAAAAGUGAAACUGGAAAACUGAUCGACCGUUUCCUUCAUAAUGAGAUUGAACUCGAAAAACAUGCAGCUCAGCUUAUUUUUGCUGCCAACAGAUGGGAAAAAAUACCAGAAAUUAAGAGUUUGUUAUCCAGUGGAACUACAGUGGUUAUAGACAGAUACGUCGCCUCUGGAGUGGCCUAUGGAGCAGCAAUGGGCUUACCGGUAAAGUGGUGUUCUCAAAAUAACGUUGGCCACCCAGAGCCGGACCUAGUUGUCUACCUUAAACUGAGCGCAGAGGCUGCUUCCAAGCGGAAAGGUUAUGGGGAAGAGAGAUUCGAGAAGGAGAAAAUCCAACAGCAAAUAGCAAACACCUUUGACGACCUCAAGGAAGAUUCAUGGAAGAUCAUAGAUGGAGACAAAAGCGUAGAAGAUAUUCACGCUCAAAUAGACAACAUUGCGAAACAGGUGAUCGAAGAAUCGAAAUUUAAAGAACUUGGAACGCUGGAAUGAAAAUUAAAAUAAAAUAUUGAAAUGUGGAUGCUUGUCAACCACACUUUCUCAGUGGCAGAUCCAGAAAAUCCAUUUGGAGGGGGGUGGGGGUGGGGUGGGGGGCACAC